AUGAUUUUGCUGUUGGACGCCGGGCGGCCGUGGCGUCAUCGCGGGAGCGGUCUCCUCUGGUGCUUGUGUUUCGUGUUUGGGACAGGACACUUGGGAUGCUCGGACCACUGUACCACAUCACACUCGUGUAGUGAAGGGCGGAGGAUGGGGUGUGCGGUUUGGUGGGUUAGAUACAAACGACCCCCUCUCCCUCCCUGUGCGAUCGCUUUUUUGCGAUUCGAAAACACAGUUUUUUUCUUUUGGGGCGACGGAGUUGUUUCUAUUGGCUGUUACCUCCUUUUUCAGUGCUAUUACAGUAGGUAG